UUCAACGGGGAAACAGUAAACUGUUCUUGUUUAAGGAAAUCAAACGACGGCUCAGUUAUUCGCAAAUUUCGUUUGGAUAAAAUGAAGAACUUUGCGAUUGUUACUUGCCUCCUGGCCGCCACGACGGUCGUUCGUGGUAUAGAUCAGGACAACGUAAUCGCAAAGUACAUGGAGUACUUGAUGCCGGAAGUGAAACCCUGCGCCGAUGAGUUUCACAUAACAGAAGAAGCAGCAACGAAUAUCCAACGGGCAGAUAGUGGCGCUGACAUGAGGCAGAUGGGCUGUCUGAAAGCGUGUGUGAUGAAACGAAUGGGAAUAUUGACAGGCCUCGACUUCCAUAUGGAGCCAAUAUUGAAGAUGAUAGACGUAGUGCACGCUGACAACCCAGCUGACAAGGAUAUGGUAAUAAAGAUUGCCAAUGACUGUACUGCAGAAAUCAAGGGAGAGACGGACGAGUGCAACAUCGGCAACAAAUACACCGACUGUUACGUAGAGAAGUUGUUCAACGACUAAAGCCAGCUUACCAAAAAUUGCCAGUCGAAGGCCAAGAAGUUGUAAACGUACGAGUUUACCACGUGUACUACGUUCAAUAAAAUGAUGUAAGAAUA